GUCACACUAAACACGCUUGGCCUUUGGAGGAGUUUUUAAAGUGUUGUUUGAUUUUCCACUCAAAGUUGUUUUUGUUUUGUGAACGUCCAUGCUGCCUUAGUAAUCAUAAGUAGUUUUAGAGCAAAUGGCUCUACAGGUCAACGGAACGUUUGGCCGGCGGCCCAUCAGCAGGCUGGACGAUCCGGAGCGGGUGCGUAAAGAUCUGGAGAGUCGGUCCCGCAUAACCCGUUUGCAGCAGGUGCGUGUGGCAUCCAACAAUAUGGCCAAAACCGUACGCGAUAAUGUCUCCGUCGAGUGGCAGCGGCAGCUCGAUAAACUGGAGCGGGUCAAGCAGAAGGAGCAGGACGCCUGGCGCGAGAAUGUUUUGGCCAAAAAGCACCAGGACUACCGCACGGCAAUUUUUCAGGUGGGGGGCGCCCAUCGCGCCGCGAGGGAGGAAAACGAGCGUAUCGAACGGGAGCGGCUACAGCGGUUAGAAAAAAUUAAAAACUGCCGCAAGCAGGCGGCGAGAAGGUCGUUAAAGCCCAAGGCUCCCAAUGUACAGUUGCUGCCAACGAACGAAAUGAAUCUAAAUCCGGAGGGACGAGUUACGGCGGGCACUCAAACGCCCACCCAGACGCAGGCCGAGGACAAGGAGAACCGCCUUCGCGGUGGUCAGGAAAAACCAAGUUGCAAGGAUAAGAGCAACAGCAAGAGAUGCUGUGGUCCCAACAUCGAUGAAGAUGAAUCCUCCGAGGACGACUCGUCCAUUUUGACAAACAAAAGUCCCACUAGCAGUGGUCGGCUCCAAAAGACUCCGCCAGUAAUCCUUGACGUGGACAUGGAUGAUACGCUUUCCGAAACCGUAAACGACGAUCAGGGCUUAGAGAUCAACGAUCGCUUCAUGCAAACCAACCGCAAAUUCAGUCAUGUGGUGAGACCCAACCAAGACGUCAGCCCGGAGAGGACAGAGAACCAACGCAGGCCGAGGUUUACCCAGAUCACUGACCUGGUCAGACGAACUGAGACCAUGACGUCGAUAAGAACCGAACCAAGGUGUCUUAAGGAGCCCGAGGUGGCCGAAGCUAAGCCACCAAGUCCCACCAAAUCUCUGCCCCGUUCGCCUACUAAAACCGUAAUUCAAAUAGAGGCAGUAUCCAAUAUGGCCACCAAAUCGACGGGAUCUCCCAAGAAACGCAUUUCAGGAUCUCCCAAGAAAUCCAGUCUAGGAUCCAGCCAGCAACAACCAGCCAGGCGAGCGGGUUUAAAAACUAAUCCGCCUCCCGCCAAGAUAAUUGAUCCCGGCAUCUUGAGGAAUCCGAAGGGAAAGACACACCCAACACUUCCAAAAAUGCCUGCCGCCCUUAGGGAGUCAGCGCCACCGACCAGAUCAGAUCCAGUGCAGGAACCCCUAGAGAACCUGCUACCCAUUCCCCAACAAGUCAAUUUACCACAACACAUGCCUGUCAUGCCGAAUCCUCCGAUGCCACAGGCUUAUCCUCUGCCACAAGCCCAGCCCUAUAUCCAUAUGUAUCCACAAGCAGCCAUGCAACCCUAUGCGAUGCCCUACUCGAUGCCCUAUCCCAUGCCGCCGCAUCCGAUGUACGCCCAGCAGCCAAUGCAGGUGCCCGUUGUGACAGCUCCGAUGAGCACCACCACCCAGUCCACGGUUUCCACCAGCACCACUACAGUGCAGCAGGGACCCAGGACUGUGCAGUCGGGAGGACGAGUUCAGUUCUAUGAUCACGGCAAUAAAUACCAUCGAACUUAUGAGGCGCCAACGCAGUCUGUGCAAUGUAACGAGAAAGAUCCCAGUCAGCUGAACGCCAUGGAUCAUGCCCGCAUCGAGAACCAACUGAGAGAGCUGCGGGAACAGGAGCUGGACAAACUCAGGAAAAUUACCAAAGAUCGAGGUCAGAAGGCUUUGGAGCGGGAGCAAAUACGUCGGGACUGCGCGGAGCUUACUGAAAAGCUAGAUGCCAUGACCCAGCAGGAUCCGCAGCUCUUACCCAGCGAUGCCAACUUCAUAGCUAGCCAUCGAUAUACGGAUGUGGCGGCCAGGCGAGAGCAGAAAAUGAACCAGGCCAUGGAACAGAUGCUGCUGCGUCCGGCCAUUAUUACCUGCCCCGAAGUGGGCACAAAAUCUGGUCCAACUACCUCAGCCCGAAGCAAGGUUAGUGCUCCGGAAGCCAUCAAUUUAGGCGAACAUCCAGCUCGAGGUAACCGCAACGAUCUGGGCAGCACCGAAAGCUGCUGCUCCAUCCUCCUCGACUACGCCGAGGAUCAGAGCAAGCAGCUAAGGUCCGACAUUAAGGCCCAAAAAAACAACUCCACGAAGUCGAUGAGGUUGCGGGGUCUGCUGGAACGCAUAGAAAUUAUACGCGGUCAGCUACUAGAGGAACUCCAAGCGGGCGAGGAUGCCGCUUCAAAGGGUGACAAUGCCCAGAAAUUGAUAGACAACAUACGUCAGGAGAGAGCAGAUAUUCUGGCGGAAAGAACGAGGUCGCUCAACGAACGCGAAUCGGAUUUGCAGCAAAAGGAGGCCAUUCUAGAUCAGCGUUUAAAGGAUUUCUACAAAGAGGUUAAGAAUAAAAAAUCCAGUCAAACUGAAAAUGGAAAGGCAGCUCCCAAGUUGGAUCAGCCCUUGGAGAUUAUCAUCAAAGUAAAAAGCGACGGCACUGUGAAGCAAUUUUUGCCGCGGGGUAAAUCCAAAACUAGAGGUACAGUGGAAACUAAGGUGAAUGGUAAGGAAGUAACCACGAGCACCACGGAAACUACGCCUAGAGAGGAACCAGAGGUCGCAACGGUUAGAAAGCCUGCCCCACAGGAUCAGCGUCAGAACUCAUUUGACUCGAACUCCACCGCCUAUCGUAGUCUGCCGCCCGUGAGCUACAAAAGCUUCAAUCCCACCGAGGCCUCUCCUUCCGCUGCUCCGCCUUUGCAUCCUUUGAUUGCUCAGUACAUCGAUCGCCUGCUAGCCAUGAGCACUGAGAAUGUAGAAGCUAUAGCUGUGAGCAGCUCCGAUCUAACCACACCUUCUCCUUCAAUCAUAAACACCUCAAAUAAUAUAGCCCCGGAAGUGGACAGAGAAUAUGCCAAUGCUGUAAAUGCUGAGCGCAUGGAGCGUGUGGAGACCUUCAUUGCCGAGAAUCGUAGCUUUGUCAACGAUCUAGAGGAUUCCAUACGAUGCCAGCAGCAAUUACAGAGGGAACAGCAGGCCCACGACAUGGAGAGCAGCUUGCGGACCUUUGAUAAGAUCUGGAAACAGCGUUUCGCUGCCAACCAGGAAGAAGCUAACAAAAAAGCCAAGGAAAAAGAGAGGCAAGAUGGCAGUAAAAGGCUUCAAGAAGUAAAUAAAAGAGUGACAGCCCAGGAUAACAGAAAAGCCACGGGGGAGAGGAACAGUCAGCAAAGAACUGAGACCCGAGUCCAGUACGAAAAGGUGACUCGGAUGGGGUCACAGAGCUCUGGCAGCAAGUCGGUCAGUGUGACCCAAAAAUCGAAGACUAAAUCGACCAGUGAAGCCUCCUCGGCCCGUCAAUUAGACCGUUUCGAAGAGCUAACAGAGAAUUGCACAACGCGUAUCGCUGAGCUCACAGACCUGAUCACCAAGGUGCGCGAGGAGAAGCAGCGUCUGGUGGAGGUCACCCUCACCUCAAACAGCGAUGGCGAGCGCCAGUCCACCGAGUACCUUGAGCUUCCAACUGGACAGAAGCAAACCAGAAGCCGAACCCAAUCGGAACGCAGCGAUUCACAGACAGCCUCCAUUUCCGAAGGUCUGCCUCUGCAGAAGAACAAGCCCACGGCUGCCAGCAGGGAUAGUGGCAUCGCAGACUCGCGUCCCCUUACAGCCCAGGGACAUGUGAAUGUGGAUAUAGAGCCUGUCUCGCUAGGCUCCUCCACUCAGAGCAAUGCCAUGCGUAACCGGUCGAAAGCCCCGCCAGCUACCAUACGGCGCUAUAGCCCCCAGUUGGAUGAGGAGGACUUGGGUCACGAACUCUCCACUAUUACGGAAGUGGAAACUCCAGGACAAUCGCAUAUUGUGGCUGCUACCCCAGUGCCCAGACCUUUUCCCAACUUUGAUCAGUACGCCAAGGAGUUGCAUUUGGACUUGACCCACAUAAGAGCCGAUGAGAGCCAGCAGUUGCAGAGUGAUUUCAACAAUCUGGUGGAAGUGGUUCAUCAGCACAUUGGAGCUGAUUACAGAGAGUUUCCCAGCAUCAAUGCCUACCUCCAUAACAUUACCACCACCAAUGUCCAUGUGGAAGUUGAUGGGGACCAGGAUCAAGGGACCCUGAGAACGGCAGACUUGAUACGUCGCCUGCGGGUGGUCAACAUGAAGAUUCGGGAGUUUCCCAAACGUAAAGAUUACCUACAGAAACUGCUUGAACGGCAGCCGGCCGAUGAGAGGCAGAUGAUAGACAGUGCAAGCCUCGAGCAGGACUCAUCCGACUCCCUGGAUAUCGAGCGAGAGCUGCGUCAGCGUAAGAUUCUCAAGAGCUCCUUUCGUCGCGGCAAUGUGACGGAAACCACUUUGACGGCCCAAGAGGUGGCCAGUAGCACGCGGCGUGAAAGCGUUGCUCCCGCCACCACUGAGGCUCCCAACGAGAGCGGAAUUGAUCACCUUUCCGGCAGCAACUACUCUUCGGAUCCGCGCUGGCAUGCCGCAGAUCACAAAAGAAGGAAUCGUUCGCGUAACAUGGAGAGCAGCACGGCCAGCACAUCGCCUGAAAGGUUGCCCCGAAGGUCUAGGAUGCAGAGCGGUGAACGGUCCCACGAUGAAUCCGACCUGCAAGAUGCCAGCCAGCUGGGAAGGCCACUUAACAUACGGGAAUAUCUGACCCGGGAACUACUGAAGCAUCGAGAGCAGCCCGGCGACGCUUCAGCCGAGAGUUCAGACGAAUCCCUUAGAGGACACUUCAUAAAAUCGUUCCUACACUCUUUCUCCCCCAGCACCACGCCACUAACUCCAGCUGUGGGCGUGAGCCAUGCCACUGGAGCCACCAACGAUAGGCAGAAGACCUCCACUCCCAUGGGCUCCUUUAAUUCUUUGGCGAAUAAAACUGGGUCCAUUCAGAGCACGGGCACAGCACUUUUCUCCGGGGAGAGCAGACUCUCCCUGGUUCAUUAUCCGGAUGGCACUCCACCCAUUCCCUACGAGCAGCAAAGUAAGCUCAGUACAAAUCACAACCCAUCGCCAAGUCAAAGGAUGUCUAGCGGGAGAAAGGCACCUCGAAAAACCACACGUCAAUGAUCGGGAUAGAUUAUGUUUAGAUUUUAAAUUGUAUUAUUGAUUUGUAUGUCCAUUAGUUAUAUUUUUAAUAAACUUUGCAAUUAUGUAU